AAAAAAAAAAUGUUUCUCUUGGCUCAUCACUGGACAUGUUGAUGGAGGGGGGAAAAAGUGAAAUUGACAAUAUCAUUGUAGGAGCGCACUAAAGGGGCGACGGUCCGCUCCACUACACUGAAGUAGGGAUGUCUACAGUGGAAGAAGAAGAAGGGGGAGGGUACCACUUUGUCACAGGCUGCUAUGUAGAUUAACCUUUCAAUUAGUUGUUAUCAGGUCCUCUCCAUGUCUCGGCGCAAGCUUUUCAGCCUUCGUUUUAAAAAGAGAUCAAAUCCCACGAAAUCGCUCGGAUAUGUCGCCGCACAUUUAUCCAUCGACGUUUCCCCGAUAAUGAAGAGGAGUAUCCGAGGGGGGGAAAAACUUGAAGAGAUUUGAUCUGGGAUUGAAUAAAUAAAAGCUCCUGGUCAGCUACCAUUGUGGAAUUUACUCGUGCCAACUUUUCCUGAAGUUCAAUGUCAGAUACCCAGGAUUGAGAAGAAAUAUGCGGAUGCUGGUGUGUGGAACAUAACUUUUUUUUGAUCUUGUUAAGGAUGUGGAUGUAUCCAGUGUUCAGCAGCAGAAAGGGGGAAUCUGUAUGGAUCACAUUUUUGUGAGUCUAAUUGUUCAACCAUGGUAAAACUUGCAAACCCUCUGUACACGGAGUGGAUUCUUGAAGCAAUACAGAAAAUCAAAAGGCAAAAGCAGAGGCCCUCAGAGGAGAGAAUAUGUCAUGCAGUGGCCACAUCGCAUGGACUGGACAAGAAGACCGUCCUUGAGCAGUUGGAAUUAAGUGUUCAUGAUGGCUCUAUUCUCAAGGUUACAAAUAAGGGGAGCGCCUCCUACAAGGACCCAGGAAAUCCCGGGAGAGUUGGAUCAAUCCCGCCUGCAAAUGUAUCUGUGCCAUCAAAGGAAUCUAUAUGGAAUUCAAGCGAUCUGCGCCAUAUUGAUUGGAAUAAAAUACUUAAGAGGGCCAUCGAGGGCCUGGAUGAUACCCAUGGCUCCUCACUAAAGAACAUCGAGAGGUAUCUGAGGAACCAGGAUGACCUCUCAAACAUUGUUGAUAACCCUGCUUUCCGACAGAGGUUACGGCUGGCGGCCAAGCGGUCGGUUAACAACGGCAGGUUGUUAAAAAAUGGCCCGCGGUAUAAGCUCAGCCAUGGCAGUGCAGAGGGAAGAGGCUCCAGGUGUCCAGGUGCUUCCCCCUUGGUCCUGUCGUCAGUGACACUCCUCCCUCAUGAGCAAGACCAGCUCCGGGUUGACCCGAUCCCAAUAUGCAGUUUCUGUCUCGGAACGAAAGAGUCAAAUCGGGACAAGCGGCCAGAAGAGCUGCUGUCAUGUGCAGACUGUGGGAGCAGUGGGCAUCCGUCAUGUCUGAAGUUUUCACCCGAAUUAACCUCAAAUGUGAAGAGAUUACGAUGGCAGUGUAUUGAAUGCAAAACCUGCAGCUCCUGUCGAAUACAGGGGAAAAAUGCUGAUGAGAUGCUAUUCUGCGAUUCAUGUGAUCGGGGCUUUCACAUGGAAUGCUGCGACCCGCCGCUUUCAAGAAUGCCAAAAGGAACCUGGAUCUGCCAAGUCUGCAGGCCGAAGGAGAACGGGAAGAAACUGCUGCACAAGAAAGCCGAUCAGAUCAAACGUCGAUAUGCAAAGCCAAUCGGAAGGCCCAGAAAUAAGCUCAAACAAAGAAUGUCUGUAACCAGUGGUGACGGCUCCAUGGUAGCACUUGGAGGAAGGGGGUCACCUGGUAGGGGUCAAAAGAUUACCGUCUGUUCCACACCUUCAUCUGGUCAUGCUGCAUCUGUGAAGGACGCCAGAGACAGAUUGGCUGUUGCAGACCCCUGUUGUGCGGUCGACGCCACCCAAUUCACCACUUCCACCCCCACCACCACUCCCCCCCUCACGCCCACCUCCACCCCAGCUACACUCACCGUUAACAAGAAAACCAAAGGGCUUAUCGAUGGGCUUUCCAAAUUCUUUACCCCCUCCCCCGUGGGCCGUCGCUCGCGAGCUGUAGCUGUAGAGUCGCCCGCCAAACAGUUAAGCUGUAGAGACAUGGGUCUGCCCAAACUGUCCAAGCCACCAGAGCCGUUUGCCUUCGCUGACGCCACUCAAAAGAUAACCCCCUCGUCCUCUGCACUUCCUCCCGCUCCCACGUUGCCGGGACUUAGCCCCCCGUCGCAGGUGUCCAGCAGCUCCACCUCUGCUAACUCACCCCAGAGCUCCUCCAGCCAGUCUAGUGUUCCUUCCCUGAGUAGUCUCUGCAAUAGCAGCCAACUUAAGGGACUAUUUGACGGACUCUCUCACAUUUAUACUACUCAGGGACAGUCGCGGAAAAAGAGACUACCUUGCUACGCGCCGCCUAAGCGCAUGCACCAUAAGCAGGAUUCAACCCAUGCGUCCAAAACGGGGCCCCAGCGCCUUGGAAAGAAUGAGUUUAAUAAAAAUAGGUUACACUCCACAUCUGCUGGGCCGGGCCGACCCAGAGGACACCCAUUUAAGAUGGUCAGUCAUUUCAAACGUAACCCCUUCCUUAAAAAGCACAGGACACUAGGCAGGCUGAGGUAUAAAGUGAGCCCUCAGAAGGGAGCCCCCUCCCCAGGAAAGGGAGACUUGACAGACGGAAGAAUUAAGCCUGAGAAUAAUCAUGGCCACAACGGGGAGCUGCGUGUGAAGCAGGAGGCCCGAGCCGACUUCGCGGCCAUGUCCAGAGAACACGUCACAGAGGAGGACAUUGAGACGUUCACACAUGUGCAGGAACUCGCCACGCAGAGAACUGGAUCUCUGAUGAACACAGACUCCAUGCGAUGUCCUGCCGUCAUUGAAUUUGGGAAGUAUGAGAUCCAAACCUGGUACUCGUCGCCUUACCCGCCUGAAUAUUCAAGAUUACAAAAGCUUUAUCUGUGCGAGUUCUGUCUGAAGUACAUGAGAAGCAAAAACAUUCUCCAGAGACACACAAAGAAGUGUGGCUGGUUCCACCCGCCAGCCAAUGAAAUCUACAGAAAGGACGACCUUUCCGUAUUUGAGGUUGAUGGAAAUGUCAGCAAACUAUUCUGCCAAAACCUCUGCCUGUUAGCCAAGCUUUUCCUGGAUCACAAGACCUUGUAUUAUGAUGUGGAGCCUUUCCUCUUCUACAUACUUACAAAGAAUGAUGAGAAAGGCUGUCAUCUUGUGGGCUAUUUCUCCAAGGAAAAGCUUUGCCAGCAGAAGUACAAUGUCUCCUGCAUAAUGAUCAUGCCUCAGUACCAAAGGCAAGGAUUUGGAAGGUUCCUUAUUGAUUUCAGUUACCUUCUCACCAGGCAAGAAGGACAAGCCGGCUCCCCGGAGAAGCCGCUGUCAGAUCUGGGUCGCUUAUCCUACCUGGCAUAUUGGAAAAGUGUCAUACUGGAGUACCUUUAUAAGCACCCAGAUAAACACAUCAGUGUUAAAGGAAUAAGCAGGGCCACUGGGAUGUGUCCACAUGACAUCGCCGCUACUCUCCAGCAGCUCGGCAUGAUUGACAGACAGGAUGGCAGGAUCGUGUUGAUCAGAAGAGAGCGAUUGAUUCAGAGGCACAUGGAGAGCCUGAGGGCUAACCCACGCCGGAACGAGGUAGACCCCGACGCCCUGCGUUGGACGCCUUCCACGACUCUCAACGCCGUCCUGUCUGAGGAGGAGAGGGAGGCAGAGAUGGAUGCUGAGCGGCUGAAGGAGCAGGCCAGUUGCUGGGAGAAGGAGGAAAGAGAGGGUUACAUGAUGACUCACAGUAGCAGGCAACCUCUCACGAAGGUCCACUGUAAGGUUCCCUACAGGACCUACGAACGCCGCCCCACGCUGUCCUGGACCAGGCGCAUCCAGCAGUCGGAGGAAGUGAGUGAUGACGAAGCUGAUGACGACGACGACGAUGACGAUGACGAUGAUGAUGAUGACUCCGAUGGCUCACCACCCAUCCUAACAAAAGCCCAUGCGAUGCUUGCAGCCAAGAGAAAGAGAACCAUUGUGCUCAAGAAGAGAGGGCGUAAAAGGAAGAGAAUAAACAGCAGCGUUACAACAGAAACCAUCUCCGAGACAACCGAGGUGCUGAACGAGCCGUUCGAUAACUCAGAGGAUGAGCGUCCUAUGCCCCUGCUGGAGCGCACCUGCAGAGUGGGCGAGAUGGAGGAAGAAGAAGAGGAGGAGGAGGAACAGGAGGACAAGACACCGAUUACACCAAUGAAACGCCGGAGAGGUCGCCCGAGGCUGGAGAAAAAUGCACAGAAAGACAAUCGUGAUCACUGGAAUGAAGGAGCUGACGUCCUCUGUAAGAGACCCAGCAGACCCCGUCCAGUAAAACGGAAGAAAGGCUGGCCGAAAGGAGUGAAACGUGGCCCUCCCAAAUGGAGGCUAAAGAAUGAACGAAAGAUGGGCUUCAAGCUCAACCUCUACACACCCCCUGAAACCCCAAUGGAGGCAGAGCAGCACCACAUUCAGACCGAAGAAGCGAAAGAGGAACCAGACCAGGAUAUUGUCAGCGCGGACGAGGGCAGCAAAGCAGGCAGAGGCUCGGCUAGUCCAGAUAUAACGCUAGAGAGGCUCCCGUCUGAGCCCCCGAGUCCUGUUGAUCACAGCUCCCAGAAGUCGAGCUCCCCCGAAGGAUCGCCAGUGGCAUCUCCGGUGUGCUCGCCCUGCGCCUCUCCUGGCGCCAUGUCCCCGAGGCCGGAAGACAGAGGUGAUUCCCCAGAACCACCUGAAGAUGACCAGCAAGAGAGUGAAACCGGGCAGGACUCCCCAGCCAAAGAUGUGGAACACAGCACGGUGGGUGCUGCGUCACUGGAGAAUGACAACGAGGAGGAGGACGAGCAGAGAACUCAGUUAGAGGAUCAGGAUGCGGAUGAUGAAGAUGACAGUCACAGCAAGACAGCAGAGCCCGAGAGCAGCAGAGCAGAGUUGGAACAGAGUACGAAAGAAAUACCCGAGUGCACCCCACCUUUUUUAGAUCCAAAAGAAGACAAUGACUCUGAGUUGAGUCAGCAGGUUUCUACAGUACCGUGCAGUGAAGAAGAACCAGCUACCGCUGCAGAAAGCAUCCAGGAGGCGGUGACGGAAACAACAGUAGCAACACCACAAACUGAAGCAGUAGCAGUCGCUUCAGUAGCAGCUGUAGACUCUGAUAACCCUGUAGACUCUGAGUCAGAGGAAGAAAGCACGCCCAGUCCUUGUCCAGAUCAGCAACCUCCUCAGCCCACAGAGAGGCCGACACUCAGUCCCGUGCUGAGGGAGGAUCCGCCGCUCUGCACAGAGAUUGACUCAGAGACGGCCCAAGCUGUUCAGUCCCUGACGCAGGAGACCGAGCGAGAGAGUGUUUUCCAGGACUGUGUGGAGAGCCAGGAGCCCUGUAGGACCUUGCAGACCUACACCCACGUGGCCCAGAGCCCCCAGCUCACCUCACUGGAUGACUGCCCCCAGUCAGACCACAGCAGCCCCCUUUCCUCUGCGCAGUCCCAUCCCAGCCAGUCGGUACGCUCUGUCAACAGCCCGGCUGUGUCCAUCCUGGAGAGCGGCUACACUCAGAUCAGCCCUGACCACAGUGCCAUCUCCGUGCCCUCGCUCCACAACAUGGAGACGAGCCCCAUGAUGGAUGUGCCGUCGGUGUCGGAUCACUCGCAACAGGUGGUGGACAGUGGCUUCAGUGAUCUGGGCAGCAUCGAGAGCACCACAGAGAACUACGAGAACCCCAGCAGCUACGACUCCACCAUGGGGGGCAGCAUCUGUGGGGCAGGCCCCUCCCAGAACAGCUGCUCUUAUGGCAGCAUCCCCCCUAGUGGCCUGGCCCAGAGCAGCUGCGCCGUGAGCCAGCAAAUGGCUGCCGUCAAUCCCGGCAGCUGCGGCAUGAUUCAGCAGAACAGUCUGAGCUCGCCGCCGCACUGCAACGUCAAGUCGCCGCAGGGUUGCGUGGUGGUGGAGAGGCCCCCCAGCAACAGCCAGCACAGCCAGCACAGUCAACACAGCCAGCGCAGCCAACACAGUCAACACAACUCUCACAGCAGGCACGGCCCACACAAUCAGCACAGCCAACACAAUCAGCACGGUCCACACAAUCAGCUAAGCCAGCACAGUCAACACAAUCCCCACAACCAGCAUAGUCACCACCACAAUCACCACCUGCAGCACAAUCAGCUCAGCCAGCACAAUCAGCACGCUCAGCAUAGCCUUCACAAUCAACACAGUCAGCACAGCCAGCAGCAGCCCAUGGCACAGUGUGCCAUACCCUCCAACUUCACCACCACCAUGCAGCUGGCCGACAUCCCCGAGUCUGGCAACCCAAACUUCGCCCUCUACGAGAGGAUCAACCACCAGGGGGAGUACGGCAGCGGGCACUACUCUCAGUCGUCCGGUCUCAGUCUGGCCAAGCUGCAGCAGUUCACCAACACGUUCAUCGACCACCCUCACUCGCUGCCUUUCAACCACUCGGCCUCACACCCCAUCACAUCUUAUGCAAACACCCCCUCGCUGUCAUCCCAGCACUCCAGCCUGGUUUCCUUGUCCCAGACCCCACAUCGAGUCUCCAACCCACAGGUGCAGGCCACCAUGACCCCGCCCCCAAAUCUCAGCUCCCCGCCACCCAUGAUGCUGCAGCGUAACAUGGGCAUCCCGCCCUCGCAGCGGAUCCAGCCCCAAAUGCCCUCCAAGAGUCACAUCUCUGCACGCUCCAAGUCGGCCCCGCUGUCACACCACCAGCAGCAGAUGUACGCCCGACAGCCACAGACUGUGCCCAUGCAGGCGCCAUCCAGGACGCUGGCUACCAUGCCGCGCAUGAACAUGAGCGUGAACAUCAUGCCGGCACCGGCCUACAAUGUCAACUCCAUGAACAUGCCCUCCCUCAACGCCAUGAACGGCUACAGCAUGAGCCAGCCGAUGAUGAACAGUGGCUACCAUGGCAACCAUGCCUAUAUGAACCAGUCACCCCAGUACUCUAUGCAGAUGGGAAUGAUGGGAACACAGCCAUACCCCCAGCAGCCCAUGCAGGCUCCACCACAUGGCAACAUGGUGUACACUCCAGCUGGUCACCAUGGUUACAUGAACACAGGCAUGUCCAAGCAGUCCCUGAAAGGGCCUUUCAUCAGGCGGUAACUCUCCGCAGGACUGAGCUGUUUUCUUCUUCUCACGUGCAUUUUGCUGUUUAAAGAUGCACUGAUCUGGCCUUUUUAUUUUAUUUUUAUUUUUUUCUUUGUUUGGUGUCUUUUUUUUUUGUUUGUUUUGUUUAUUUGUUUAUUACUUAAAAACCAGCAGCAGCACUUGGAAAGAAUGCAAAAAUUUUCAUCAGUGAGUUAAAACUUUGAUGCUAAUGUUUAAAAAGUAUUUUUGUUUCUCCAAAUGGGAAGCCUUACAUCAUUACGAUGAAAAUCUAUUUAAUUAGUGUUAGUGUCUCUGAUGUGUCUUUAGAGCAGGCGGGUUCAGAGCUCAGAGGUAGAGAUUUCAUCAGUGGUCUUGCAGUCGUGUAGCAGCCUCAAAUGAAGCCAUUUAAUGUGCCUGCUACAAGUGGAGUUAGUGGCUGUUUGAACCUGUUCAGUGUACCUGUCUAACAGUGCUGACAAUUAGUUUGUACUAUACUCAUGCCUUUGUAUAUUUAAAUUAUUGUACUUAUUUUGUAAAGUGACAACUAGCAUGCUUCAGUCUCUGUUAGUGACAGUGCAUUGAGUAGUACUGUACAAGUGUUGUGCUUAAUAGCAAGCCAUUUUAAAGAUAUCUGGCCUUUAUUAGGUUUCCCUCCACGGGGAGAAAGAUGAAACUAUAUUUUGUUAAUUCUAAUAAUGUAAAAAAAUGUAAACUUAGUCCUGUUUUCUGUUCGGUUUGAGAGGUUUUAUUGCUAUGUAUGUAUAAUUCUGAAGUCUUUUGUAACAGAUCUCCUUGAGGCAGCUUUCUGUUUAAUAAAGCAGACUGAUUUCUGUCAAAAUAACAAAGCAUAUCUCAGUGUUUGUACCCUGAAAGUUCUAAAACAUUUCAAAAUGUCCAGAAGUGUGGCAGAAUUUAAAAAGAACUAAAUGAUUAUAACGAUGAAUAACAAUAAAGAAAAUAUAAAUUUAGUCCAAAGUUGAUAUUUUACAUAAUGCCUUUAAAGCUACGUUUUCAUUCCAUCUGUAGAUUUGUUUUCUAUCUUUAUAAAAUGUUGGAUUUAUAUUUUACCGAAGUGUAGAAGAAUAGAGCCUGUGAAUAGACCAAACUAAGCUAAUGGAUUGCAUGUAAAACGCAACUUGUACUUGUGUUUUUGUUUAUAUUGCUCUUUUGUAGCCUUUGUACCUGUACAGAGUUGCUGGUAAGAACAGGGGGGAAAAUACCUGGCUAUGUGCACAAAAAUCGGACAGAAUGACAUUCUUGUAUUUAUGACUUUUCUCCUUUUGUCAGUUACUUAAAAAUGCUGUACAUUUUAGCAUAAGAAUAAAUUAUGAUUGACCAUG